AUAAGAGUGUGGGUAGUUGUUCAGACUGUCUGCAGCACCAUGGUUCAUCCUUCAGCCUGUCUGCUGCUGCUGCUGCUCACCUGCCUGGCAGGUUUUUCUGCCGGUGAAACUGAACAGGGUGAAACCAUGGGGGAAUCCUCAUACGGGCCAGCCUCAGUGGUGAUCAAUGGGGCCGACAUAGUGACAGUGGGAAUCCCAUAUGGUUUCCAGUGCUCGGCCAACUGCUACCCGGGCUGCCAGUACAGCUGGACCAGGGAUAAUGUGACCACUCAGGGGCCUGAGCUGAGCCUGCAGCUCCUGCACAAAGUGCCAACACAGACCCUGACCUGCACAGUGCUCAACCCUGCAACAGGGAAGUCAGUCACAAUCCAAAAGACGCUGCAAGUGAUGGCUGGACCAUCAAACAUACAGAUCAGCGGUCCACCCAGUCUGACUAUUGGUGUUGCAUCCAACUUUACCUGCUCAGCUGACUGCUACCCCUCCUGCAGCUACUCAUGGACUGUUGUCGUGGAAGAAGAGGCGUUCAGUACUGCACAAGGCAACACAAUUUCGGUCACUCCACCUGCCAGUACUGUCGCCUCUGAAACGCUGGUCUGUAUAGCUGAGGACACCGUCUCACAUCUCUACAUAUCUACAACUCUGUUGGUGUGGGUGGCAAGCUUAUCUGACAUUAGCAUUGCUGGUGACAGUACAGUGACGAUGGGAAAACAGUACACGUUCACAUGCUUGGUUGCAUGCAUCCCAUCCUGCACCAUUACAUGGAAGUACAUGGGGAAGACUUUCCAGGGUGACCAAAUCGACAUAUCCGUCUUGAAUCAGGAGAACAAGUCAAACUUUGGAAGUCACCUGAAGAUCACUUUUAGUGACUACUCUAAAAUUGAGCCUCUGACCUGUGAGGCAACAAACACUGCAUCUCACGCCACUAUUACCACCACUAAGAACCUCAGUGUAAUUGACCCCAUCUCCGUGCAUUCCACCUCCCAGGCCCUGCCAGUGGCAGGCAAGUCUUUCUCUCUGCAGUGUGCUGGCACUCAGAACCCAGCCUCCAUUACAUGGCUGAAGAACAAACGCCCAAUGCCAGCAAAUGAAAGAGUGAAUUUCUCCCCUGACGACAUCACGAUGACCUUCAGUCCUCUCCUGCAGGAAGAUGGAGGUUUAUACCAGUGUGUGGCGGCAGAGAGGGGGACCUCCAUCCAGUCUGUUGGCUACAACAUGCAAGUAAACUAUGGGCCGUCUUCAGUGGUGAUCAAUGGGGUUGACAUAGUGACUGUGGGAAAACUGUAUGGUUUCCAGUGCUCAGCCAGCUGCUACCCGACAUGCCAGUUCACCUGGACCAGGGGUAAUGUGACCUCUCAGGGCCCGGAGCUGAGCUUGCAGCUUGGGGAACUCCAGCCACCACAAAACCUGACCUGCACGGCAGUCAAUCCUGCUACAGGAAUAUCAGUCACUGCCCAAAAGACGCUGCAAAUGACAGAUGGACCAAAGAAUGUGAUCAUUGCAGGACCAGAAUCUCUUGAAAUCGGGGUCACGGCGAGCUUUACAUGCUCAGCUGAGUGCACUCCUUCCUGCAGCUUCACGUGGACCUUGUAUGGGAAGACAAUAACAGGUAGUGCGAUUGACAUCACAGUGAACCGCUACGUUUUCAAAGAGUCCAUCAGCUGCCAGGCUGAGAACACAUUCACCGGGAAGACGGCGAUGGUCAAUGAGACGCUCAGUGUCUCAGAUCCUCACUGGUGUGGAUGUUGAGACACUGGAUGAACUGUACUCCGUGAAAACAUACAUUCUCCUGAUCUGCAAAUGGUCUGUGCAGUGUAGCACAAAGAUAUAGUUUGGUAAUCUUUUAAUUUAAUGACACUUACUGUAUGUGUAUGGCUAUAUUUGCUCAAGCAUUGUGUACUCUCACUGUGAAGGACUGGUGGCCUGAAUAGGGUGUUUCCCUGCCUUUAGCACAAUGCAUGCUGGGACAGGUUCCAACCUCUUUGUGACCGUGAACAAGAUUAGACAGGUAUAGAGAAAGGACGUAUGGAUUGUGUACUUGAGUAAUACGUUUUGGGGUUGUAAUUACACAAGGCUAAUCUCAUUUGCUUUCAUGAUUUAUUCCCAUUCGUCUUGCCAAACAAUAUGCACUAUUAUACUUAAUAAACAAUAAACUACUGAACUUUUA